ACAUUAACAGUAUCAAAAGCCUUUGAACUUGCCCAUGAUCAUGAUGCAGACUGGGAAAAUGAAAAAGAAACCAAAACAAGCAUAAAUGAACAAUCCAAGCAUAAUACCACCAGAAUCUGUGAUCCCAGUCUCAGCCAAGCACCAGCUAAGUCUAUGUCUACGUCAACACACUCUACAGACUCUUCAGAUAUUACUAUUCCAAAGUUGCGGAGUCCUGGCUCAAAAUCUGUUGAGUCCUCCAACACCUCUGAAAGUGGUGAAUGGCAACAUUUUGAAGAUGAUGAUGCUGCUGCUGAUCAAGUUGAAGACUUAGACGAUGACUUUUCAAGACUGGCUGAAAACCGUGUGAAGCCUGUCCAUUCAUUAGGAACCAACCUGUGUCAAGAUGAUCUUGACGAUAGUUUGACUCAGUAUUUUGACAGUAACCGAUGUUUAGAGGAAUUCUCAAGGACUAAAUCUGUGGAGGACCUCCUUUGCUUAUGAGGAAAUCUUACCUGUAUGUUUGUUCACUUUAUAGAUCACCAGGAGAGCUCAACACAGAUACAUCAGUGAGGAUUGUCAAAAUCUUCAAGAAGUGCUACAUUAGCUAAAUAUUACUUCUGCGGCUACUUUAUACAAGAUCCUAAAAUCUUCCACAAUAUUCAUUAUUGGAUGUUAUUUUGCUAGCUGUUUAGCAGAAAGAUGCCAUAUUUUUUCUAGAACAUGAUGUAUAGUGUCAGAUUAUAAGGAUUCUGAGAUCAGCGACACAUGGAUGAAAGUCAUGCAAAAGAUUACCUCAGUUUUGAGUUCCUCAAUAUCUUUUUAUGAUUAUAAUCACUGUUGAAUACAAAGAGAUAUCGGUUGUUUGAAUACUAAAUACAAGA